CUGCCUUCAGCCCUAUACAUUCCACUUAGAGUGGCCGAUCCUCUCCUUUUUAGCUACAUAGGCUCGUUGAGAAUACGCCACUUGGAGCGCAACACAUUACAUUCUAAGGGUGUUGCUCAAAAAAAUAAAAAUCAUCUUCUCCUACUAACCAAUUCUUCCCUGGAACAGUUAGGUUGUGGAUUCGAUUGGAUAACAAACACCUGUAAAGACGUCUUUGCUAUAGGAUGGUGUGGACAAUGUCAUGAUUUUGGCAACAUUUUUGUUCACGACUGUAAAUGUGUUCGGCCUCUUAUCGUGCUACAACCACGGCCACAGCAGGCUCCUCGGCCAGUCCUCUUUAAUAUGAUUUAG